GAAUAUUGAACUCUCGUGGCAACCGGCUUUAUGGAACCGGAAACUGGAGCAGUUUUGUCAGAAGCACAGCAGAAGAGACUCGAUAAACAAAGGCUGAAGGAUCUCAAGGUGAAAAAUUACUUAUUUCAGGCAAUUGAUCGUACAAUUCUAAAGACCAUUCUCCGGAAAGAAACUUUGAAGCAGAUAUGGGACUCAAUGAAGAAGAAAUAUCAAGGCACAUCGAAGGUCAAGCGCUCCCAACUCCAAGCACUUCGUCGAGAAUUCGAGACCUUACAAAUGAAAUCUGGUGAGAGUGUUUCAGAUUAUUUUUCAAGGACAAUGGCGAUUGCAAAUAAGAUGCGGAUCCAUGGUGACCAAAUACAAGAUGUUAUCAUCGUGGAAAAGAUUCUUCGCUCUAUGACUACGAAAUUUGAUUAUAUAGUCUGUUCAAUUGAGGAGUCCAAGGACAUUGAUGAACUAUCGGUUAAUGAGUUGCAGAGUUCGUUGUAGGUCCAUGAGCAA